GAAGUCGAACGUACGGAUAGUGAAACACGUACAUGUACCAUAACACAUCUUCGACAAGAUGUUGAUUACAAUUUCCGUGUAUCAGGUUACAAUCGUAUUGGACAAGGUCGUACGAAAGAAAUUGAUACAGCUGUCAAAGCGAAAUCUCCAUUUUCACGGCCAGGUCAACCGUCAGGUCCAAUCUCAAUCACAAACGUGACGCGUUCAACCGUUGACUUAAGUUGGGCACCAUCGCCAAGUGUCAAUGAUAUUCCCAUAGCAUCCUAUUUCGUCGAAAAACUUCGUGAUGGUAUUUGGAUUAAAGUUGGUCGUUUACCACCAACAUCAACAUCAUUGAAAGUGUUCAAUUUAAUCGAAAACAAAGAAGUUCUCUUCCGUGUAUCAGCAGAGAAUCGUUUCGGUGUUAGCGAAGGUCUACUAUCAUCUCGUGUCAAACCAACUCGUUUAUUAGAAACUAAACCAGCGACAAAUCUUGAUUCGACAGCGGCUAGUUAUUUCGAAAAGAAUAUAGAUCACAAUGAUUUUAACUU